AUGAUCCUGACCGCUGUUGGAGACCGGCCUCAGGAGAAGGAUGCGAUUAUGGGUCAUGUUCUUGAGCUCCUGGCCUACCUUCAUCAUGCGGGCAUAAUCCCCGAAUCGGUGUACCAUUACGAGCCGCCAAAGGAUAAAUAUUCCCUUCAACAACCACCCACACUCUACCUUCUUUCCUCCAAGAUCCUUACGGCGCUAUCGGACGCAGCCUGGAGAGCACAUGAGCUAGCAGCGGCGUCCGAGAACCAAAAGCAGGCAAAGUACAAUAUCUUCGGCCAGGAAAUACCUGGCUCAAGAUACAAGGUUCGCACACCGGAACUUGGCUCAGAAGUCUGGUUGGAGCUUGUGCUGUGGUCUUGCCUACAUGGGGGUUGGACAAUGGACGGCGCGGACAUUUUGAAAAAGCUCUCACGCUACAAGGACGACUCGAGGUGGGCCCGGGGGACGCAGGCGAAAUCCCAAGAACGCUUCAUGGUUGAUAAAACCAUCAGCAGUGAAGUGGUUGCGGCCUAUAUCGAUGGUGUGCUCAACAGAGUUACGGCGGGUGUUGGCCUGCUCGAUCGUGACAAUCUUGGCCUUGGAACUGCAACUUGGGAGUCAAUUAUUGUGCGUUUCAUGGAGAGCGGCGGCAUCGACCCGAACUUGCAGGCCCGUUGGCUGGAAAGGCUGCUGUACUUUAGCAGCAAGUUCGACGAAGAGCUCGAGUACCACAAUGCUGCUCGGGAAUACGAAGACAGUCCAGGCUCACCAUCUUACAUCCUCGACCCCUCGUCGAUCUCUUUAGGCGUAUUACAUCAAGCCUUGCGUAUCCACAUCAAGAACAGCAACCUCACGGGCGCGGCUGAAGUUGUGUCACGACUGCAGUCGCUCACAGAUGAAAACAAGAAAAGAUCGAUGCAAAAAUUCUUCGAAAAGCUCAACAGGCGAUCCGAGGACGACUUCGUUCCUGAGUCCUUCUCAAGCAACGUCGACCCAAUGGAUUAUCCCAUCUACUUCCCGCAGAUACCGCCCGCGCUUUUGGCCGGUGUUCUGAGUCUGGCAACGCAGAAUCAAGCAUAUGACUUUGCUAGACAGCUGCUGUACUCUGACGAUAUCGAUGGGCCUCUGAUCCCGCAGGAGCUGUAUGGGUAUAGUGGCAUUGCCGCUGCGAUCACUAGAUUCGGCGACAAUGAUCAGGAACGCUACCACCGCUUCCACGGUAUACUCUGUGUCCUCUCGUCUAUUGGGCCCGAAUGGCGCGACUUUUGCUUCCGCUUAUUCACCUACCGCGAAACGAAGUUACUCGAGCGAUGUGUCACACAUGAUGACUUUGCACCAUUGCUACAGGGCGUCACGGAGACCCGGGGUGCCUACAGGGGUAUGGAAUUGAUGACCAAGUGGUUGUACCAGGCAGCGUUGAAGCAGAUCGAACAGAGCGCUGAGCUUGCAUGGCAUCAGCAAAAUGUCAGAUCGGUUUUGAGCUGGGCUCUUGCGGGUCUGAGGUCCUUGGGGUUAAGCGAAAAGGAAAUUGGUCACGAGUUGAAUGGAAUCACGAGCGGUGCCGAACUGGCUGAGCGAGCGAGAGCAGCGAUUGCCCAAGGAGCCGAGCGGGGGGAGUAG